AUAAUUAGUAACAGAAAAAUUAAGAAAAGUUAACUUUGCUGUUAUUGCUAAGUAUGACACUCUAUAUGUAAGACGAAUAAGAUAUUAUACGAUAAAUCCAACAUUUUAAUAAAAUAUACAAGUAUUCAAGAUUUAAACGAGAAAAUGAUGUUUUACAUAUAUUUAAUAACCAUCGUUAUUCCUAUUUUCAUACAGCAAGCAACACAAGUGCCGAUAUUGAAAAGUAAUAAUGUAAAGUCAUUGAAGACAAUUACGCCGAAGCAUUCUUACCCAGUGAUCUCAGAAUCGGAUACCAGACCAGAGCUAUAUCUUCAUAUUUAUCCUUUGAAAAAACUAAAAUUCCAAAAGGAAUUAAAUAUGGAAAAUAACAAGAAACUGUCACAAGGGAAGGUCCCUGCGAACGGGAAACUCGCAGACAAAUAUAUCAAGAAUAAACUAUUGUAUCAAACAGAAGACGAUGUUUAUAUAGAUUUCGAUAAUAAUGAAAAGGAUAAUGAGAUGAAAUAUGACGAGCAAGACAAAAGGCCUGAAUAUGACGCUUAUGGCAAACGAUAUUACCGCGUAGCGACGGAUGACGUCAGUGGCGACGGAAUUAAACAAUAUGUGUAUGAAGACGAUUUCGGUACACGAUAUCAUAAAUUAUACGUAAUUGAUGAUCGAUCCGGUUACGUUGUCAUAAAUGGUGUCCGUUACCAACGCACCCCACAACGACGGCCUGAGAAACUGUCGCCUAGGAACAAAAACGUUCAAUUAAAUAAAGAAAUUUAUAGUAAACCUAUUCAAAAUUUUAAACAGCGUAACGUUAACGUAAGUUUUAGUAAGUUAUCGGGUCACAUGGGCAAAGUUACUCAAACGCGAAACAGAUCCCACUUCAAAAAUUGAAAUAAUUUUAAGAUGAAAGCAUAACAUUUGAAAUAAAAUCUGUACAACUUAUCUAUAUACUUACCCAUUUAAUAAUAAAUAUUUGUUAUAAUAC